AUGAACGCGCACAGUCAAGUACAUUGGACAUUCUACAGAGACUUGGAGAGUUUACUGUCACUUACUCCUGCAAGUGCACAGUCUACAUCAAUACCUACUGCAGAGGAUGGAUGGAGACUGUGGCACAUCACUCGAGAGGAGGGAGAACAGACCAGUCCCGGAGAUGAAGACGAGUCUACCGCCAUACGUAUGAUCAUUUCUUUCUGUGAUUCCAGCUGGGUCAAGACCUGGCUCAUUUACGCGAGGUGUUUGGCUGAGCUUCCAUACUGGAGUGUACGAAGGUCCGAUUGGGCGGCAAAGCGAUGUGAGAGCAAAAGGAUCAGGGGCCCUGCAGUCAGCAACCUUGUUGUUGUACCGAUGCGAAGGCGCAUGGGUGGUACAUCUCUGCCGCUGGACAACCUGAGCAGAGGCCACUCCUCGGUACAUCUGGCAGUCCAUUGCAAUGACAAGCUUAGUGAAGCUCAGGAGCUAGUCAAGCUACACAUGUACAGACUUCCCGACCAGACCUCCAAUCGCUGA